CACGUUUUUAUUCUCACCGAUUAACUCACCGAUGUAUCAACAGCGAAAUUUCGAUGUUUUUAAUCUCAUCGAUGAAACUUCGGUGAAUUCCAUCGAUAUGUUUUUAAUGUCAUCUGUUAUUUAUCGGUGAAAAUACGAUUAGCCAUCAAAGUCAUCGAGGUUCAAGUGCGAUGAAGCCGAUUUAAAUUAUAAUUCUAACCUCAAACUGAGAAAUAGCAUUUUUGACGUCUUGUUUACAUAUAAAUAAAUAUUUUAAAAAAUGGGAGAUAAUGAUGAACUAAAAAAAGUUAGACUACACUAUAAUGAUAUUCUUUUUGAUGUUCAAGUUGACUGUGAAACUUACGGUCACUUAAUUGUUGAUGAAAAUAUUCGAAAUGAAUACGCUAAAUCAGUAUACGAAUCAAAUUUCAUGCCAUUUAAUAAUGCAGGGCCAGGUUCAAGCCAACAGUCGUUUAUAACUCCUACAGAUAAUUCUACAAAAAGUUUAUCAGACGAAAUAAGCAUGGGAUUAUCAUGGAAAGAUACACCUGGUACUUCAUAUGACCAACCAAUAGAGUCUUUCAAAUGGGACAACAAGUCAAUAAAAUUAUUACUAAAUAUAAGGCUUUGCAUGGAGAAAGAUUUUUGCACACCUAGUUGCAAAAAAAAGAAAUUGUGGGACAAGGUGGCAAAUGAAUUAAAUGAAGUGCUAGGAUCCCAUCGUGUUACAGGAGAUGCAUGCGAUUCCAAAUAUAGGAACCUGUUGGGAACUUAUAGAGUAAACAAGAGAAAGCAGAAUACAACGGGGGAAAGUGCAAUAAAGUGGGAAUUUUUUGAUACAAUGGAUGAAGUUUUAGGGCACAAAGCUUCAAGUGCUCCACCAAAAAAUUUAUUAGGCAGCAGUAUGGAAUCAACUUCUGCAAACACUUCGGUUGACAUUCAACAGAAUUCAGAUGAAGAUGAGACAGAUUUUGAAACUAGUGAUUCUUAUGUUCAUCCUAAGGAAAGCAAGAAGAAAAAAGAAAAAAUGUCAAUAAAUAAGUAUCUAUCAUUGAAGUUUGAAAAAGACAAGGAGAAACAAAAACAACAAAGAGAAUGGGACGAACUAAGGUGGCAGGAAAGAAAAGAGCUUAAAUUGAAAGAAAUAGAUGCUAUAAAUAAUCUUGCAGCAGCGAUACUAAGUACAAAUAAAAACAAAGACUGUUGAUUCAUUAUUGCUACUUGUAUUUUAUACUUUGUUUUCAAAAGAUGAAGAAUUGUCUUUUUUAAUGUUUGUUUUCUAGUUUAGGAUAUUUCAAAAUUUCCUUAAAAAAUAUAUUUCUUAUGUUUGUUUGUGCUCACAAAGAACAUUAUUUAAGAUUGUUCAUGUUUUUAAAAUAAGUAUAUAUUGUUUAUAUUUCAGUUUUUGCAUGGCAUCUUUUUGUAGAGAAUUUUGUUUUAUUUUAUUAAAGGCAUAAUGUGAUAUUAACAAGUAAAUUGUUAAGAAUUCUACUGUUAUUUUUGAGAAAUAUACUGUUGAUUAGUA